AUGGCUCUUGAAAACCUCCCUAAAAUGCAAUAUGUUCGCUUAGGCAAGACUGGCAUGCGUGUUUCGCGUUUCACUAUCGGUUGCAUGUCUUAUGGCUCUUCCAAGUGGCAAUCCUGGGUCAAGGACGAAGAAGAAUCUCUUGAGCUCCUUGGCAAAGCUUAUGAUGCUGGCAUCAACUUUUUUGACACUGCUAAUGUCUACUCUAAUGGUGAGAGUGAGCGUAUCUUGGGCAAAGCUAUCAAGAAAUUCAACAUGCCCCGUUCCCGUAUCGUUGUGGCUACCAAGGUGUUCUUCUUGGCUAAUGAGGACGAUGUUUCGUUUGGCUUAGCUGGUAAAAACUUGGCAGACAAACCUGAAUUCGUCAACUGCUAUGGUUUAUCUCGCAAGCAUAUCUUUGAUGCUGUUGAUGCUUCAUUAAAGAGACUUGGUUUGGAUUACAUUGAUCUCUAUCAAAUUCACCGUUUCGAUAAGAAUACACCAAUUGAAGAGACAAUGGAAGCAUUGAAUGAUCUCGUUCGCUCUGGCAAGGUGAGAUACAUUGGUUGCAGUUCGUGCCAUGCUUGGGAGUUCCAAAAGGCAAAUUGCAUUGCUGAAAAGAACGGUUGGGCUCAGUUUGUAUCCAUGCAAAACUGCUACAACUUGUUGUACCGUGAAGAAGAAAGGGAGAUGAUUCCAUAUUGUCUUGACAGUGGCAUUGCCAACAUCAUUUAUUCGCCUUUGGCCCGAGGUUUGUUGAUUGGUGGUUUAGAGAGAAAGUCAUCUAGAAAAGAGAGUGAUCCCAUCAUGAAGAACUACUCUGGAAAGGGUCAUGAAACGAACGAUGAGAUUAUCGAUCGCGUUGCCAAGUUGUCUAAAAAGUUGGGCUACUCUGAAGCGCAAAUCUCGCUCGCUUGGAUGUUGACAAAACCGCACUGUACUAGUCCUAUUGUUGGUGUCUCCAGUGAGAAGAAUUUAUAUGACAUAAUUGGUGCACUCAAUGUCAAAUUGAGCGAUGAGGAUAUCAAAUACUUGGAAGAAACUUAUACUCCUCGCAACCUCUUCCCAAUGUAA